AUGCAGCGGCUGGGGGGCCCCCCGAUUUGUAGGGGCUUAGCCCCGCUUUGGCUGCGUCUGCAGGCUUCAAGGCCGCAGCAGCAGCAGCAGCAGCAACACGUGCUGCAGCAGCAGCAGCAGCAACACAUGCGGCAGCAGCGGCAGCAGCAGCACUUGCUGCAGCAGGGGGCGCCUCGCAGCGGCCACACCGGAGCCCUGCCGCAGCAGGGGCUGCAGCGCCUGACUGCGCCCCCCCACUUCCCUUCCCCGCAGCAGCAGCUGCAGCAGCAGCAGCAGCAGCAGCAGCAGCAGCAGCAGCAGCAGCGGGGGAUUGCCAGCUUCCAGCGCGCCAUGCGGCGGCUGCAGUGGCCGCUGCUGCGCGAAGAAAUGGCUGUCUUCUUCGAGCAGCAGCUGCGGGGCCCCGCAACGAGUCUUUCAGACCUGCAGCAGCAGCAGCAGCAGCAGCAGCAGCAGCAGCAGCAGCAGCAGGGCAGCAGCAGCGUGAGCGUGGCCUGCAGCCCGUGGGAGCGCUUCGUCAGCAGCCAGCAGCUUGCUGCUGCUGGAUUUGUUGCAGCAGCAAUUGAAGGAAAAGGGCCUUAUAGAAAACUGGCAAUUGCUGCUGCUGCUGUUUUCCCCCUCGCCUUCGACGAGGCCCACGGACACCUUUCCCACCUGUUUAAGGCGCGCCUCUACAAGCUGCGCGUGGGCAAUGUAAUAGAGCAUUGUCUGGUGAAGGCAGCAAAGGUAGACCCCCUGGCCCGCCACAUAUACUUCAUUCUUUUUCAAAGACACAAAGAAGGAGAAGUUUCCCAAGUGGAUUUGCCCUUAACCCUUUUGGGCCUUUUGGCCUGCCCGGCCUACCACCAAGGCUACCACGUGGAGCUCGCGCGGCCAACAGUCCCCGUGCAGUUUGUGGGGCCCGAACCCCCGCCCCCUCUUUUCGUAGAUGUUUCGCAGCUGCGGUUUUCCCCCCCCUACUCUGCAGUGACUCUCGAAACCCUCAAAGACCAGCUGCCGCGCGAUGGAACAGCGCGCUUUGCACCUUCUCUAAACCCUAAAGAAGAAGUUGCGUGGGCCUAUGAGGUUGGCUCGCUGCCCGAGGUCCCCCUGCCUGCCUCCUGGAAAGACCCCAACUUCAUAGACAGGAAGGGCCUCAUGAUGGAUGUUUGGAACCACCGCAGAUUUCCCAAACCCUCCUAG